AAAAAGAAGACAAAAAUGAAAUUAUAAAGCUUAAAUACAAAUAAGAACAACUCCACUAAGUUUGAAUCUUCUCCCGUUCUCUCCAUUCACAGAAAAAAAUAUCCCCGAUCUUCAAAAUUUUCUAGAGAGAUAAACUAAGCUAAAAAGUUCUAGAGAGAGAAAUUAAGCUAUGGCUUCUUCGUUCGACACAUUCGGCAUGGACGUAGAAGAAGAGAUUCAUCCUUCAUCGAAUCACAGAUCCUUCGAGGUAGAAGACGACGACGACAGCUACUCUAACUUCGCUUCUUACUCCAACUUCAGCGGCGGCGGCGGCGGCGCUGCUGAUGUCUCCGUCGAUCACGUCUCCGCUUCUUCACCUGAUGUUUUCGGAUUUGGAUCGGAUCCAAACCCUAGCUACUCACAGAGUCCGUUUAGUCCUCCUGUUCAUGUUGAGAACGGUAACGGUUAUAACGGAGCAGCUGGAGAUGAUGAUUUUUUUACUUCUACUGAUGGACCGAUACUUCCUCCUCCUACUGAGAUGCUUCCUGAAGAAGGCUUCGCUCUACUAGAGUGGCGCCGCCAAAAUGCCAUUCUUCUCGAGGAGAAAGAGAAAAAGGAAAAAGAAAUGAGGAUGCAAAUUAUUGAAGAAGCAGAAGAGUACAAACGUGCUUUUUACGAGAAAAGAAAGCUUAAUGUUGAGACCAACAAAAAUAUUAACAGAGAAAAGGAGAAGUUAUACUUGUCCGUUCAAGAGAAAUUUCAUAAAGAGGCGGACAAACAAUAUUGGAAAGCAAUCGCGGAGCUCAUUCCUAAUGAGGUUCCCAAUAUUGAGAAGAAGAGAGGCAAGAAGGAUCAAGAUAAGAAACCAUCUAUAACCGUCGUCCAGGGUCCAAAGCCCGGAAAACCCACUGAUCUCUCGAGAAUGCGUCACAUACUUCUGAAACUGAAGCACACACCGCCACCGCACAUGAUCCCGCCUCCACCUCCACCAGCACCAGCAAAGGAUGCCAAAGAUGGAAAGGAUGUCAAGACUGAAAAAGACGCCGCCGCGGUGAAGAAAGAUGGGGUGAAGAAAGAUGCCACUGUUUCAUCGGCUAAGGAAACCACUUUAAAUGGCUCAUCAGAUCCUCCCAAAGAUGAUGUUCCUCUUCCUCCUGCUGGUGACCAACCUGCUGUCGAACCCGCGGCAGUUUCAGCUGCCUAAUUCCGGGUCAUUACCAUCUUUUUGCUAGCUACUUAAUUUUAUAUUUGUAUGAUGUGUUUUUUUAUGUUUUCUGGUUUGUUCUUUUUUGUGCAUGAGAUUUGACAGUUUUUAUUCUUUUGUAUGGUAUAAUGCAUAAAAUGGAUUUCUUUCUA